AUGGAUGGACAUCCACACAAAAAAUUUCAGCAAGAACUUUUGACUAAGAUGAAAAAUUUGGGACAAAAAUAUAUUGAAGACUAUGAUUUUAGUCCUUGGGAUGCCGAAUUUGCUAUUUACAUAGGAGAUAAUGACCUUAUAAUUAGUGAAUUAACAAAAGAGGAAUUAGAAGAUUUAAGAAAUCAUUAUAAUGAAGAAAUAAAAAGGGAACCUAACAUUAAAACACCCUUGCUCAAAAGAAAAAACGAAGAAAUUACUGACCCUAAUGAUAGAAGUUGA